AUGGGCCUCACAAAGGUCAAACACAUCAUCCUGGUCCUCUCAGGCAAAGGAGGAGUAGGCAAAUCUUCAGUCACAACACAAUUAGCAUUGUCGCUCGCUUCAGCUGGUCAUUCAGUCGGUAUUCUCGAUGUCGAUUUAACCGGUCCUUCAAUCCCCCGCAUGCUGUCAAUCGAAGCCUCAAAAGUCACCCAAGUACCAGGAGGAUGGGCGCCAGUAUUGGUACACGAAGGGGACUCAGACAAAGGUCUCGGAUCUCUACACGCCAUGAGUUUAGGCUUUCUUCUCCCAGAGCGAGGCGACGCAGUUGUUUGGAGAGGACCAAAGAAAACAGCAAUGAUUCGACAAUUCCUCAAAGACGUACUCUGGGAUGAAACCGACUUUUUACUCAUCGACACACCACCCGGAACAAGCGACGAACAUAUAUCCCUCGCCGAAACGCUACAAAAAGACGCAUCACCCGGUCAAGUCGCGGGCGCAGUAGUAGUCACAACACCCCAAGCCGUAGCGACAGCAGACGUACGAAAAGAGCUCAACUUUUGCACCAAGACGAAUAUCCGGGUAUUAGGAGUCGUGGAAAACAUGAGCGGUUACGUGUGUCCGCAUUGUUCCGAGUGCACCGACAUAUUUGGAUCAGGAGGAGGGAAGAGCAUGGCGGAGGAGUUCAAGGUUCCGUUCCUGGGGAGUGUUCCUAUGGAUGCGCAGUUCAUUUCUCUGGUUGAGGAAGGUAAACGACCGAUUUAUCCGUCUGGUACGACGGUGAAUGGGAAGGAUAUUUCGGGGACAAACGGUGAGGGAGAGGGUUUGGUUGAUAAGUACCGGGAUUGUUCAUUGUUUCAUGUUUUUAGAGAUAUUACAGAAAAGGUCAUGACAAACGUGGCUAAUUAG